CAGACGGCCUUGGACACCAGAAAGGGCUGCGGGGAGCCCGACAGAGCCGGUAGGGAGGCAUCUACGAGGGCUCAAAGAGGGUGAAGCGGCGGAGCUGUGGCAGACGGGAGGGAGUGAGAAACAUACGGAGGGUCCGCAGCGCAGCUCAGCGUUCCUGGACCGAGACAUCGAUCUGCGGCUGAACGGAGGGUCCAGGAGCGGGAGCGUGGGAACCGGAGAGCUGGUUCAGGUGGGAAAUAUGAGUCGAAGACUGAAGUCAACAUACCGCCCUAGAGAAAAAGUUUGUGCUCAAGGAUAUCCGAGGGCAGUUGUGCCUAUGGCUCAGCCCCCUGAUAUGCAACUUGAAGAAGAGAAGAUACCAACUAAACGUGAGGACAUUAAACCUGGUGAAGAGAAGGUGGAUGAAGGAGCAUCUGGAGUUCAAGGGCCUGCCCUGGAAACUUAUCAGCAGGAAGUGGCUCAGCCAAAGACUGCGUAUGAGUGUGGAGCUGGUCCUAAUAUCAAGGGGAAGGAACCACCAAGUCUGGAGCCCAUUGAAAUGCCAGAAGCGGGUGGCAGAGCAACCACCAAUUUAAAGGAAGACAAACUGUAACCAUGCAGGCUGUUCCUGUAUUGGAAAUUUAACUGUUAAAAUUCUCUCAAUAAAGUUUUACAGUUUUG